GUGCACACAAGUGUUUCUGCAGGCGGGGAGGCAGGUGUGGGUGGGUGGGGCGCCCCGCCUACCUGAACGCCGCCGCGGGAAGGGCCUCGAAGUAUCAACAGUGACCACCAACAUGGCGGCUCCUGCCCCAACACUAGAGGUCUUAAUACAGAAAUCAACAAGCCCUCUGAAUGCUGAGGAUGAUCCAAACUCCAUCCAAGCAGUGUGUCAGGCUGUCAGCUCAGAGCCAGCUGGUGUCUCCACAGUGGUCAGACUUCUGGCUCACAAGAUACAGUCCCCACAGGAACGGGAGGCUCUUCAGGCACUCUCGGUUCUUCAGGCAUGUGUCAACAACUGUGGUUCUACCUUCCAUAGUGAAAUUGGCAAGUUUAAGUUUUUGAAUGAAAUGAUCAAAUUAGUUUCUCCUAAAUACUUGGGAAAUCACACCCACCCAGCAGUGAAGGAGCGAGUGGUGGAACUACUAUACAGCUGGACACUUGACCUCAAGGGGGAGACUAAAAUACUUGAGGCUUACAACAUGCUGAAGAAACAGGGCAUUGUGAAGGAGGAUCCAAGGUACCUUGGUGCUCCCAGCAUUCCUGAGCCACGGCCAAGGGCGAAUGCUGUUUUUGAGGAUGAGGAAAAGUCUCGCCUGCUCCAAAAGCUGCUACGGAGUCGGAAUCCUGAAGAUCUCCAGAAGGCCAAUGCUCUCAUCAAGUCCAUGGUGAAGGAGGAGGAGCGGCGGAUGGAGCGCUCCAGCAGGCGUAUUGUGGAGGUUGAGACUGCACUAAAUAAUGUACGUGUCCUGGACGAGAUGCUGUCACGUCACCAGGAGAGUCCAGCAUCCCAGCCUGACCUUGACCUCAUGAUGGAACUCCACUCCUCAUGUGCCUCCUUGCGGGCCAACCUGUACCGACUGGUCUCUGAGAUGGAUGACAAGGAUGAGGGCAUUGGAGACUUGUUGAAGGCCAAUGAUGAGUUGUCACGAGUGAUGGGGCGCUACAAGCUGGUCGUGGAAGGUACCAGGAUAGAGACAGAGACUUCUGCCAGUGACUCCACCACCACUCCUGCUUCCACUACAAGCCCUGCAGCCAAUGGACAAGUCUCCACUCAUGAUGAUGGAGAGAUUCUGCUUGACUUGUCUACCCCUGAAGAAGUCCCAGGCAGCCAAGUUUCCACUACCAUAGUUAAUAAAGAUCUGGAAGAAAUAGGCCUUGAUAGUAUAACUUUGGCUCCAGUGAACAAGGAAUCCAAUGAAAGCACCAACUCUCUCUUGGAAGACCUUGGGACUAUCUUUCCAAGUGGUUCUACUUCUCCUCUGCCCCUCAGCAACCCCCUGUCAGGCCUCAUGGCUCCAACCCUUGUCCCUCAAAGCUCAACUAAGGUGGCAGACACAAAGACGGAGACUGAAAGCAAGGGGCGAUCAGAUCCUUUAGGAGAGCUGGGUGAGUUUGGUUCAAGCCUCAUCAAGCAGAGUCUUCCCCCAAACACUCCAGUCCAGGUGCAUUUUAAGCCUCCAGAGAAACUUAGCAUGAAUCAGAUGAAGCAACAACAACAACAGUUACAGCAGAGCAGCAUGGUGGCUCCAGCAGCACCAACAAUUACCCCCAGCUUGGUGAGCCUUGCUACCCCAGCCACUCCUACCACCAAUGCCACCACAGCAGCUGCACCAGGGACAGGUUUGGAUGGCUUAAUGAACCUGGACUUGCUGAGUGGGGGGGACCUGAGCUGUGAUAACCCCUUACCCACCACAACUGUAACAGCCACUGCCACCACCACCACCACCACCUGUACCGUCAACACUGCAGCCUCUUUAUUGGACGGCAGGCCUCUUCUGGAUGGGCCCAAUGAAAGCAUGAUGGGUUCUCUGUUGCCCAGUGUGAAGCCAGAACCUCAAAGCAGUGUAAAAAGUACUGGAGAAACAAAACCAAAAGUCACUGAAGAAAAGAGUAAAAGUUCAGCCUCAAAUCCUCAGUUUAUGGAGGUGAAGCCAAUGACUGACCUCAAGGUGGCACUAGACAGCAUCAAGCCAGGAAAGCAAGGCUCAGUAACAGUUUUGGACAGCAAUGAUGUAUCUGUGAUAUUACACUUCACCGAGAACCAGCCCAGGGAGGACGUGGCGGUGGUUGUGGCCUCAGUGAUGUCUCGCAACAGUCAGCCCAUCACUAACUAUGUUAUGCAGGCUGUGGUUCCCAAGGGUUGUAAGGUGCGGUUACAACCUCCUUCCUCCACCAGUCUAGCAGCAUACAGCCCAUUCCUGCCCCCUCCUGCCAUAACACAAAUCAUGCUCAUUGCCAACCCAAACAAAUUGAAUGUGUCGUUGAAAGUGAUGCUGAGUUACACCUUAGAAGACGACCCAGUCACUGAGAUGGGAGAGGUGGAGAGUCUGCCUCUGUGAGCAUUGCUGGACAUCACCACCAGCCACUGUGCUUCUUCAGCUUCCUCUGCCACUCCCUCAGGUUUCUAAGGGUUUUAGUGAUUGCCAGGUAAAGCUUUGCUGAAGCCUCCAAAAUUACUGUUGUUUUAAACAUUAGUGUUAUAUUUUGCCUGUAAAAUAUACAAAUUCAAAGUAUAUAUCAUCGUCAUCACCAUCAUCUCCAUUAUCAUUGUCAUGAUUGUCAUAAUCAUCACCAUCAUGAUUAAUCUCAUUUCAUGUACUGAGCAGGAUGAGCUGUCCUGGAAAGUUUUAAGAAAUCAACCUCCCACGAAGAAAUAUAUAGUAUCUAACAAAAAGAUCUAAUGACAAAGGCCACAUUGUUCCAUAGAUACCAUUCAGUGACAGGCCUUCUAUCCGCUAUUCUGUGCAUUCACACAACCAUCUGUACAUUCAUUGAACCAUCUUGACACACUAAGAUUCAAGCAAGAAUGGCAUCUAUUGAGCCCCUGCACUUUUCUCUAACCCUUUGGCUGCUAAUGACAGUUACCAUAAACUGUUGUACGGGGCAGAGAUAAGCCAGAUGCUCUUUAAAGAUAUGAAUCCCAUCCUCUCUUUGUGUUGUCAUGAGGUGUCUUUCAGAACUACUAGACUUGCACCACAAAUACAUAUAAGCCACACCUGUAAGAGGAUUCAAAUUGAAGGUCUUACAUUAAAAUAUUCCCACCUUACCAGCUGUAACACAAAACAAACAUGAACUAUUUUAUUAUUCUGUUACCGGAGUCCAGUGUUAGGGCCACUUUGUGUGUAUUUUGAACCCAUUUUGAUAAAAUGAAAAAAAAAAGAAAGGGAAAAAGAAAAAUCCCAAAAGACUCAAAGAAAGAGUGGAAAGAUUUAAGAUGCAAAUUAAGAAAGAGUCUUUGGAAAUUAUCUAAAAUAUCAUUAAUAUUAUUGAUAUACAAAAUAGUGUGCUAUAAUGAACAGGAGGCAGAAGUGAAUGAUGAUGGAAGUGAAGGACUGAUAUAAUGGGACCUUGAUUAUUUAGAAAGAUGGUGAGCAGGAGUCUUAUGCUUCGUCACAUGCAUGUACUAUUCCUUUAUUGUGACAGGAAGUGGUCAGUACAAACAUAAAUGCAUAUGGCAGCUUUCAGACAGAGCUAUUACCCAAGCUUUCAUCAAGCAAACCAUGCCAUCUAAAUUUGAAGUUUUUCUCAAAGUUUUCUAAGAUAAAGAUGAAAAUAAAUUAUUCGAUUUACCAAUUUUUUAUUUAGAAUAUCAAUAUCUUUAUUGUUAGUGCUGGAAUUUUUUAUUUGUCAGUUAUUGGUGAUAAAUUCAUUGCCAUCGAUUGGUUAUUGCUGAUAAGUUUAUCAUUAUCGAUUAUUGUGAUGAAUUUUUUGUUACCAAUUCUAGUUAUGAUGCCGUUUCAGUGUAAUGUGUCAAAGGUCAUUCUAACCCUCAUGCUAUAAGACAUGUUUUAUACAGUAUAUGAGAACAACAUGCAUAAACAAAAUGUAUAAUAUCCAAAACAUCCUAAUUUUAUUGAUUAAUAAAACUAAAUGAACUUACAAGAUCCAUCCCCAGGCUUCCUGUAUCUCAGUCUGCCCCACCACCCCUUUAUCAUUCACAUCUUACUCCUGUUGAGCUAAGACACUCAUACCUGUCCAUGUAUGAAAUUCACAUAGGUGCAUAAAUUCCGUCCACCAACACCUGCUAAAAAGAAUGCCCAUGUAUACACUGAUGAUAAACCAGGAGGCAAGAUGUCAAGCACUGAUCUGGUCAUGCGGCACAUAUUCUAUUCAUAUUUCCCUGAUGUGAGUAAUCUGAGUCAUGAUUGAUGACCACACCCACUGAAGGUGUCGGUGGUGGCUUAUUCACCGUAAUGUUUUGUGCCAAGAUGUCUAUGAAGCUCACAGAGAAGAUCUACGUGACCCUCAGCCAGAAACAGGAGACAAAGAUAAGGGAAAGUGUGAUGCUGGUGUUGAAAAGAAACAAUACAAUACAAUAUCCUUUGACAUGAAUGAGUUAAGACAAAGGAAAGACUGGUUAGUGUUAGUGUGUUUAGCAGGUCUGUGGUGGAUGAAGCAACACAUGUUCAUAAGCCUGCCAAAAUGUCACAUGUCAGAGAUGUGUCAGGUGUCAGUCUGUUCUAUAGUUUCUUUCAUUCAUAUGCUAUAAGAAAAAGGUGGGCUACACUAAGACAUCAAUCUAAAAUUUUGUUUUAAAAUAUGGGAUACCUAUAUCAUCAUUAGUCUGAGACAAACUAGUUUUAUUUCAGAUAAUGUAGAAUUAUCUUGAUUUAAUUUCAUCACACUUUGGGAUGUGUUUUCAAUAUUUAAUAAAUGUCAAAAUAACUGCUGUAGACAUGUUGAUUUCUUCUUGAGUAAUUACUUGAAUCUCACUAGUUUUACUGUACUUACACUAUUGGAUGGUACAGGAGGUAGUGUGUGGCAGCACCAUAAGCCACCUACACUGCAGGUUGAGAAUCCUUUAGCCAGAAUAUAAUUGUACAAGUUUUGAAUGCUGAUGUUAUCUUUUUCAUUCAUAUUUUCACACCAGUAUGGCAAAAAGAAAAAAAAAUAAAAUAAUCUUCUGUUCCUUCCCAUGUGAAGAGAGACAGCCAAGACAAAGUGCCAUAGUUGCACACACACACACACAAGCAUUCCCUCACGUCUGUAUGAUAUUAUCAGACAUAUCAAAAUAAAUGCAACAUAUAUGUCCAGUUUGUAGAAUGCUACAUUAACCAUACUGUCCUGAAUUAAAGUGUAACACUUACUUGUACAGCUGCAGAUUGUACAAAUGUGUACUUGCCUGCUUUCCCUUCUAAUAUCUGUCCUUGUUUCCAAGAUGGGUUAUCAAUAAGCAUACAGAUGCAUUUCCUUAUUUCAUUUUCACUCAUAUUGGGCAAAAUUCAUAUAAGGAAACCCUGCCUCUAACAGAUUCAAGAACCAGGCUACCUUUGUAUUCUGGUCCUGAGCAUUUCAUUAAAGAAUUCUUAACCUGCUGAUACAGAAUUUAGAUUUGGGCAUUAAAUGCACAGACAGUGACUAUUGAUUUAUAAAUAUUUCAAAUGGCUGACAAUUUCAUAUGACACAGAAGCAGAGGACUGUCGAGAGUGGAUGGCCAGUACUUUCAGACAUCAAAGCUACACACUAGGAGUGCCUCCACAUUAGUAGUAUUAAAACUGCAUAUGUCUAAAUUCUGUAUUAUAUAUCAAUAGAUUUUAUCAUGGUUUGAUGCAUAUUUCUGCAGAUCAUACAAUAAACUUCAAGCCUAUGUCGUGUUGCAGUGACUCCAAGGAAAAGAAAUAGUACCAUCACCCUUCUUCAAUUUACAUUUCCUGAUAGAGAGGAAUGUUUAAAAAAUGUAAUGCCAGAUUAACACAACAUAUUCUUUGUGUGAAAAAAAUGUCGGGAAAAUGUUUAAAAUCACAAGCAUUUAGUCUCAUGCUUUUUCAGGGUUUUGUAGAGCAUAUUAGACCUCAUUCUAUGUCACUUUGUUUCUCCACUGCUAUAAAGCUCUAAUAUGACAUUGUCUUAGCAAUGUUAUCACCACCACUAGCAAUCACACGUUGCUGGCCCUGUCUUAUUGCCAAGGCAGAAUGAGGUACUAACAUCUCAUCUCUUUAGUCAGUUAUUAGGAUGCUCAUAGUUAAUACUGCCUAUAUAUGAAAUAAGGUCUAUGAAAUGGCUGUGGCUUUCUUAGCUUUCUACAUAGAGUGUAAAGUGUGUGAUGGGAGUUGUCUAAGGGCUCAGAGAGAGAAAGAAUGUGGAUAGGAUUUUUUUUUUUCCCCACUCAAGAAUAUCCUAUUUUAUAAGGGAUUAAUUCUGAAGAAGUAUUUCCAGCAAUGCACUGAUAUACAAACCAAAACUAGAAUUAAUUAUUUGUUUUUAAUGUCUUAGGAAAUAUGAUACUGGUCAUGCAACUCCCAACUGUGAACUACAUUCCAUGAAAUUUGUGGGCUAAUCUAAAAAAAAAAAAAAAAAAAGGAAAAGGCUUGAGGAACUAAGCCAAAUAGAAAUCCUGGAACUGUCUUGCUUCACUCUAUCUUGUGUGUGAUGUUAUGAAUGAGUGACUUGAAUAAUAUACAUAUGGCUUUAUACAUAGAAAAAAAAAAAAAAAACACUGGACAAUGAUGAAAAUCCAAUCCAAUCAGUUUUAAAGUUCUUUGAUUACAAAAUAUUCAUUAAUUACCACUGUAAAUGAUUAUAGAUACUGAAAUACAUAAAACAUGAAAAUCCAUUUGUUAGAAAUAAAAUAUAAAUGUUAUUAAGGUAUACAACACUGUUCUUCAAUGUUAUUAUUAAUUAUAAAUAGUGCAAAGUGAUAACAUAUGCCUUCCUCUAAGUAUGUAGCUAAGGUGUUAUGAAGUUCAUUCGACUCAGGCAAGUUAUAUCUUUAUAAGCAUACACAACACUGCACAUUUGUUUUAUUAAGCUGAAUAUUUAUAUAAAGCAUGUCAGUGAAUUCUCUAAAUGGUGCCAGACAGAUGUGAAUAUUUACAUUUAUCAUAAUAGUUAAUCAUAUUGUAUAAUUUGUAUAUAUAUAUAUAUAUAUAUAUAUAUAUAUAUAUAUAUAUAUAUAUAUAUAUAUAUAUAUAUAUAUAUAUAUAUAUAUAACUUGUUAUUGGAUGUUACCAGUGGACAAACAAAUAGAUGUGUGUGCAGUCCAGGAGAAAAAAAAAAAAAUCUUGGUGAGACCUGAAGGCAAUCAGAGUAACUCUUAGGUAAGGUUCCAGUCACUUCAGAAGGGUCAGUACAGUGAGACCAGUUUGCUAGUGUGUUUUGUGAACACUUAUUAUUAUUAUUAUUAUUGUUAUUAUGUGAAGAUGCUUAUAAAAACAAUUGUAAGAUAAAAAAAAAUACAAUAAAUUACACACUGACUUA